AUGGCAUCGCCUAAUCAUAGGAUAGUAUUUGGAAAUACUAGUCCCAAUCUAAUUAAUCAGUCGACAAAUUCGAUCUUUAAUGGGAAGAAGUUAAAGUCGCCGGACUUCAAGGUGGUGGAUUCCGAUUGGACAUCAUUGCCACCUCCAUCGGCUACUGCUACUGAAUCGACGCUCAGCAGUGCCAAUUUCCAGAAGCUAUCACUCAGACAUAAUUCACAUAGCGGGAGCAGUCAGUCUGGGUCAAAAUCGAGAUCGAGAUCUCACUCCAGACGCAACUCCAGGUCGAGUUUGAACUUUUUAUUUGGAUCCAUUGAUAAAGAUAAGAGCGUUGGAAAGGAUACCAGAUCAGAACUAUUAACUCUGCCUCACAAUCGGCAUAGAAGUCAUAAUGAUAUAUUCGAGACACGCAGUAACGGCAAUACGUCGCCAAAAAGACUUCGCAGAUCCAAUACCUCAGAGCUUUUGGAUAGAUUUAUUCCUUCUAGACAUACGACUUCGGGUAAAAUGAGUCUUGGAGAUGUUGAUUUAAAGUCCUGUGCAUUACCAAUAGAUCAUUUAGCAUGUCAGACCUCCAAGAUAUACCAAAAUACGGUGGCGGAAGCUUGUGGAUUGGAAGUGGGUGAAAGGAUCCUUCAAUUUCAGCCUUGUAUGCCAGAAAGAGAAGUUUCCUGUACCACUGCUACGGGAACAACGACUACUUCUGGAGUCAAUAUGUCAACAUCGGCAUCUAACUCUACGACUAAUGCAUUUGGUGGAAUGCUUUCAGCUUCUGCUGUUCAAUCUAGGCUUAAAAAAAUGCCUACAUGUCCUCAGAAGGUUCUGGAUGCUCCGUGCUUUGUGGACGACUUUUACCUAAAUCUAAUCGAUUGGUCCAAUUCUAACGUUUUGGCUAUUGCUUUGAGUAACAGUGUUUACUGUUGGAACGCAGAAACAGGGGAUAUUGAUCAGCUGACCGAGUCCAGUUGUCCUAUAUGCUCUGUCCGAUGGUCUGAGGAUGGAUAUUAUCUUUCAGUAGGACUAGAAGAUGGCUCUAUAGAGAUAUGGGAUGUUGAGACGUCUGAGAAACUACGUUCCAUGCUUGGACAUGACAGCCGUGUCUCAUCAGCAUGCUGGAACCAGCAUCUGCUCACUACAGGAAGUAGAUCAGGCCAGCUAUUUCAUCACGACGUACGGAUUCAGCAGCAUCAAGUGGCCGAUCUAGUAGGCCAUACUGCAGAAGUGUGCGGAGUGGAAUGGAGAUCGGAUGGGCUGCAAUUGGCCUCUGGUGGUAACGAUAACGUGGUUAAUAUAUGGGAUGCCCGUGCCAGCACUCCUCAGUUCACAAAAACGGCACAUACAGCAGCCGUAAAAGCAUUGGCAUGGUGCCCCAGUCACACGUCUCUCUUGGCUACAGGAGGUGGAUCGGCAUGUAAGAAGAUCCACUUCUGGAACACUGCUACAGGUGCCAGAGUCAACACUAUCGACACGGAAUCGCAAGUUUCGUCGCUAAGAUGGGGAUACAGUAACGGAAUAGGAAUGGAAAUAGCUGCCACACACGGAUUUCCUAACAAUGAUAUCAGUGUGUAUGCAUAUCCGGCUCUACAAAAGACCGGAGUUGUAAUAGAUGCACACGAAUCCAGAGUUUUAGCCAGUUGUUUAUCUCCGGAUGGAACUACACUGGCCACAGUAGCAGGAGACGAGAACUUGAAGUUCUGGAAGCUAUUUGACUACGUCAUAAAUAAGGAUGACGAAUUGACUGGUAAAGGAAUGAAUAAAGUGAUUAGAUAG